ACUAAUAAAUUCUAAUAAAUUCAUAUACUUAAUUGAUUUGAUUUAAAAAAUAUGUUAGAAGUAAAUAAGAAUCAAAUUUCUGCAAUUGGCCAUGUCUUAAACGAUCAAAAUCGACCACUAAAAGAAAGAUUUCGUGCUUUAUUUACCUUAAAAAAUAUUGGUGGAGUAGAAGCUAUUCAACAAAUUCAUAAUUGUUUUAAAGAUGAAUCAGCUCUAUUAAAACAUGAACUUGCAUAUUGUCUUGGUCAAAUGCAAGAUUCCCGUGCUAUACCAGUUCUUAUUGAAAUAUUAAAAGAUACUACACAAGAACCAAUGGUUCGUCAUGAAGCAGGUGAAGCUUUAGGUGCAAUUGGAGAUUCAAUUGUAAUACCUAUAUUGGAAGAAUAUAGCAAAGAUCGUGUUCUAGAAGUUGCAGAAACAUGUCAAUUGGCAUUAUCUCGUAUAGAGUGGUUAAAAUCAAAUAAUAAUUCAAUUAAUUUACAAAAAAGUCCUUAUAUGUCAGUGGAUCCAGCACCACCAACAAAUAUUACCGAUAUUAAAAAAUUAAAAGAAAUUCUUUUAGAUGAAAAUAUUUCUUUGUUUGAAAGAUAUAGAGCCAUGUUCUCCUUGAGAAAUAUAAAUACUCCAGAAAGUAUUCUUGUUCUUAGUGAAGGUCUAAAAGUAGGAAGUGCUUUGUUCAAACAUGAGAUAGCUUUUGUUCUUGGACAACUUCAAAAAGAGAUAGCUAUCCCAUAUUUAGAAGCAUCUUUAAAAAAUACAGAAGAAAAUGAAAUGGUGCGUCACGAAUGUGCAGAAGCAUUAGGUUCCAUUGCUACUCAAGAUUGUUUUGAUAUUUUAAACAAAUAUUUAAGUGAUAAUAAGAGAGUUGUAAGGGAAAGUUGUGUAAUUGCAUUGGAUAUGUGCGAGUAUGAAAAUAGUUCAGAAUUUCAGUAUGCUAAUACAUUAGGAAAAGUUAUGGUCUAAGAUUGUAUUUUAUAUUUAUUUCUUUGUAAAUAAAUAAAAGUUUAUUCAUGAAAUAAAUUUUUCUUAAAGUUAACAUAAUGAAAUUGUUAAAUGUCGUA